GAUUCGUAGGCAGAGAAGAAUCUCUCUCUCUCUCUCUCUCUCUCUCUCUCUCCCUCUCUCUAUGCGAUCAUCAAUGGCAAAUGUUACUAGUAAAAUUGCCAUGAUCGAUAUGUGUCUUAUGUUUUCUCUCUACUUCUCAGGCUUUGGGUUUUUGGAAGGAGUAACAUCACUUGGAAUCAACUAUGGUCAAGUCGCCAAUAAUUUGCCACCACCCGACAAGGUCCUCAAACUGCUAAGCGCUCUUAAACUCACAAAAACAAGAAUUUACGACACCAAUCCUCAAAUUUUGACUGCAUUCGCCAACUCCAACAUAGAACUUCUUGUCACGGUUGAAAACGCAAUGUUAGUUCAGCUAAUGGAUCCACAACAAGUUCUUCAAUGGGUAACCACCCAUAUCAAGCCCUACUUUCCUGCCACCAGAAUCACUGGGAUAGCAGUAGGAAAUGAGAUUUUCACUGGCGGUGAUGAUACCCUAAUGACGUAUCUUGUUCCAGCCAUGGUCAACAUUCAUAAUGCUCUAGGCCAGUUAGGCCUAGACUCGCACAUUCAAGUCUCCAUGCCUAUUUCUCUAGCGGUUCUUGAACAGUCCUUUCCGCCUUCAGCCGGGAGUUUCAAAAGCGAGGUCUAUAGUACCAUGUCACAAGUAUUACAGUUCUUGUCAAACACCAAAGCACCCUUUUGGAUCAAUUGCUAUCCAUAUUUUGCAUACAAUGACGAUCCAAAUAAUAUUUCUUUGGACUAUGUGCUUUUUAAUCCUAACUCAGGAAUGGUAGACCCUAACACCAACCUACGGUAUGACAAUAUGCUGUAUGCUCAAGUAGAUGCAGUCAGUUUUGCUAUCAAUAGGAUGGGCUAUGGUGGAAUAUUAGAGGUUUUGGUUUUAGAGACUGGCUGGCCAUCGAAAGGGGACUCCCACGAAGUUGGUGCAACCAUAGAGAAUGCCGCGGCUUACAAUAGGAAUUUGUUCAGAAGGCAAUUGGAAAAUGAAGGGACACCUUUGAGGCCUAAGAUGAGGCUUGAAGUUCAUUUAUUUGCUUUGUUCAAUGAGGAUUUGAAGCCUGGACCGACUUCAAAAAGGAAUUAUGGUCUCUAUCAUCCUGAUGGAACAAUGUCUUACAAUGUAGGGCUCUCUACCCGAUCAAAUACUUCAUCAACUUCAACGGCUUCCAUUUAUCUUACUUCCUCUGCUAUGAAGGUAAAGCCAUAG